AAGUUGAUACCUGACAAAAUAAAAUGUAGAUUUUGUCGUAUAAAGAAAAGCUCUUCAAGUUGGGUUUCCAGCCUUACCUGAGAUGACAGAGCUGUUUGUAGAGGAAAAGAGGGAGGUGAAGAAAGCUGUAACGAUUGAGGAACCAGUUUAUGUAGAUGUCGAGACUUGUUCCCCAGCUGUAAAGAAAGUUGAAGAGAUUUGUUCCCCGACUGUAAAGAAAAGCGUGAGAAAGGGCACGCCCGUACAGUCUCCGAUACAUGUAUCUGAAACACCAACACUUUCUAUAUCGCCUCCUCCGUUGCCUCCAACAUUAGAUGAGACACCAACAAAAGAGCAGGAGUUAUCACCCCUGAAAGCUGGGGAAGGUUCAGAAAAGCGACAGAGAAAGAAGAGGGCAUUUAAAGAGCUAUUGCGCAAUAAGCAGGACAAAGUGGAAGAGGAAGAACCAGUUCAACAAGAAAAACCUGUCAUUCAAGAACCCAUACCUGUAGUUGCAACAGGAAGUGUUGAAAUCUCCCCACGGGGUGGUCCAGGUCCAAGGAUCAAGCAUGUGUGUCGCAAUGCGGCUGUUGUCCUAGGACAACCUCUGGCCACAUUUCCUGAGAAGUCAGAAUUACGUCUUAGUGCACUGCCAACAAAAGAUAAGGUUCAGUUGUGGAAGAAAGAUGAAGAGAGUAAAGCAGCAAAUGAUGAGUCUGAUGAUGAUCGACCAAUGGAGGAGAUCAUACAGCAGUCGGGUGAUAGUGUUGUGAUCAUGAAGAAAUCUCCGGCAAGGGGCAAGAUCAGCAAGAAGCUGACCGGAGCUGGCGGUCUACAUCUUUACAAAAGGAAGAUGAGGUGUCGUCAGUGUCCCGGCUGCGUCAGACAAGACUGUGGGAUAUGUCGGCAUUGUCUAGAUAAACCAAAAUUUGGUGGACAAGGCGUUCUCAAACAGGGCUGUGUGGAACGAAGAUGUUCCAAGCCGUUAAUCAAGCGUUCAGCUACAGAAGCAUUCAUUGAUGAAAAAAAGAAAGAUGUAACUGUACCAAGAGUUGAACGGACAAGAGCUGUCUCAGAAAGUGAUGGGCAGGAGGGUCAAAGUGAUUUUGCUCCUAGUGAUAACCUGGAACCAGUCAUUCCAGGGUCAGAGGUCACACAGACUGUGUUUGGUCUAGAAACUCAGACUGGUACCCUCCUUGAGGAUGAGACCCAGUCCAAUAAUAAUGUCUCUGAGAAACCAAAUGAAAAUAUUCCUGCAGAAAAGGAGGCGAAGCCUCUUCCAGAGCAAACAAGUUCGCAGAAAUAUGAUUUAGAAAAGCAGAGGAUUGUUACUAGGGGUCAAAGCACGACCACAAGAAGUCAUAGUUCAGAGGUGAGAAAGUUGACAUUUGAGGAUAUACCAAAUUUCCAGCUAGAAAGAAUAUCAUCACGAAAUAAAGAAUCUGGGAAGAUAUCAUCAAAGUUGAUGAAAAAGAUGGAAAUGCAGGAAAAAUAUUCGAAGAAAGAAGGAGGGAAUGAUGGCCAAUGUUACCCAGUAACCUUACAGUCGGUACUCCCUGCAUCAAGACAGUGGGGAAGUCUACUUUCACAACCAAAAUACUAUCCUAUCAAGGUGGACUUUAAGGGUAAAUGUGAUUUAGGUUCAGCUUGGAAUUACGGGAUGGCUUUAACAAUAUCAAAUGCUAUGAGUGUUAGAGCCUUGUGUUUCCUGUGUGGAAGUGCUGGUAAACAUGAGAUGAUAUAUUGUAACAUAUGUUGUGAGCCUUUCCACGAGUUUUGUUUGGAAGACUGGGAACAGCCGACGCCCGAUCACUUUGACGAUUGGAUAUGUGCAGCAUGUCAGUUCUGUCAUGUUUGUGGGCGACAGAAUAAUCUUUUACAAUGUGAUAAAUGUCAGAACACGUACCAUCCUGGUUGUCUGGGACCUAAUUACCCCACUAAACCUUCUAAAAGAAAAAAUAUCUGGAUUUGUACAAAAUGUGUGAAAUGUAAAAGUUGUGGGGCAACAACUCCAGGUUCGGACUCCCAAGCCACAUGGACAUAUGAUUUUUCACUGUGUUUUGAAUGUGGUCGGUUGAUGGACAAGGGUAAUUUCUGUCCUAUAUGUCGGAAAUGUUACUCGGACGAUGACUGGGAGUCGAAGAUGAUUCAGUGUAACAUGUGUGAGAGCUGGGUACAUUCAAAAUGUGAAGGCCUUACAGAUGAAAUGUAUGAAAUAUUGUCGUAUUUACCAGAAGAUCUCUCUUUUUACUGCCGUAAAUGUUUCCCCGUCGGCUGUCCUGAAUGGGAGAGUACAUUAAAACGAGAACUUAGACUAGGCCUGGAAAAUAUUCUACAGUCAUUAAUACUUUCUAAAUCAUCACAAUAUAUACUGAAACAGGAAAAGAAAUCUCCUCCAAAACAGCAAGCUCUGCCCUCUCACCAAACUCCAGAAAAACAAAAGAAAUCCUACACAUUAAACAACACUAGAAAUACAGAGGCCACACAGGAAAGGGUGAAAAGAAACAUGAAAAGUUUUGAAAAAAUUAAACAAUUGUUAAAUUGUGGGAAUAGUAAAGGGUUGACUAACGGUAUUGUUGAAGAUUCAAACAUUGAUAAUCUUGAGUUAAACAGCGAAGAUUCAUGUGAAAACGGUCUUCAGACUGAUAAUAAGUUAAAACAAGCUUGCGUAAACGAGUUUGGAAAUACUAUUAAUGACACAAAUUCAAGAGAAAACCAUGUUGCUAUGGAAACUAAUGAUAAUUCCGGUGAUAACUCACUGUCUCAGACUAAUAAUAUUGUUGGUGAUACUUCUGACGUUGCUGAACAUGUGAUAAAUACUGUGAAUAAUGAGAUAACAAAGCAAAGCUGUGAUAAUAAUGAUGAUAAUGACCCUAAUAAGGGCGUUCCUCCUAAUGAGGGUUGUCCUGUAACCAAGGGUUGUCCUGUAAGUAAGGAUUGCGCCACCAGUAAAAUUGUUGAAAAUAAAGGAAUGGUGGAAGAUAGAACUAUUAUCUGUGAUAAACAAACAGUUAGUGAUUAUGUCAAUAAAGUGCAAGGUUGUGAUGAUGAAAGUGAAAUUAAUAGGAAAACAACUGAAGAAAUUCAUUGUGAUAAUACAAAUAGUGAUAAUGCAUUGACUUCUGGGAGUUCUGAGCUUCCACAAAAUGAGAUUAUUAGGUCAGAAAGAAUAGACGAUGAAGUUAAAAAUGAGAGAACUGAAGGUAGUGAGGGGGUUGUCACACAUUCAGAAGGUAAAGGAACACAGUGUAGCAUUACUCAUCAAAAGCUAAAUACUGAUUUAAAUGUGCAAGUUGUAAAUGUUGGAAUUUCAGGUGUAGACACUAAGAAGUCAGAUUUAGAAACACAGGCAGCUGAAAAUAAAGGGGAAGUUGUUCAGAGAAGAAAUACUCGCGUACAUUUUAGUGUGGAUGAAUCCAAGAAUGAACAUGUUGUAGGAGAGAUUAAAGAGACCGAAAAUAAUUUUCCGAAAGAUUUGAUGGAAAUUGCUCAGAAAAUGAAAACUGGGGACUAUAAAAGUGUGGCAAUAUUUUGUGAGGAUAUAUUACGUGUAAUACAAACCUACCUGGAUAAUGAAGAAGAAGCUAGAACAUCCAGGAAGAAAGCCACACAGUCUGCUAAAUCAAUAUUUGCUAAGCAACUAGAGAAAGUGUUUCCAUGGUUUAAUGUGAAGACAUGUAGACACUGGUACAGCAUGAGAAGUCUACCAGAUGGAAUGUUAGCAGAUGCUACAUUGCCUCCUAACAACGACCAUACUUACGCUCAGUGGUUAGAGAGGAUAGAAGUCCCAAGGUCGCCUCAACCAUCACCAUUCAAGAGGAGGACAGCAACACCUGUAAAGAAAUACAUGCCAAUUGAUGAGGAAGAUUAUGAGCCUGGUCAGAUGUAUGAUGGUGAUGAUGAAAGAAAGUGUAUGUUCUGUCAGACAUUUGGUGACCAGGAAGCUAAUGAUGCUGGACGAUUAUUGUACUGUGGACAAGAUGAUUGGUGUCAUAUAAACUGUGCAUUAUGGUCGGCGGAGGUUUAUGAAGACGCUGAUGGUGAACUUAAGAAUAUUGUAGAGGCCUUUAGUAGGGGCAAAAUGUUG